GUAACACGCUGCGAACAUCCUAUUAGUGAGGACCCUUGGGGCUGGAGUCCCGGGUUCCUUAGCUUCUGCAGAAGCUGGUCGAGGUCUGAGAGCUCCUGCGUUGUCUUAGGGGCUCCCCUUUCCCUUCUCCGAGGGCUCCCUUUUUUCUUGCCUCUUCAGCUGUGGGUUCACUAGGUAGCACAAAUUUUUCAGCUCCAAUUUAAUCUUUUAAAAAACAUUUAUUCAUUUAUUCUAAUUUGUUAUACACAACAGCAGAAUGCAUUUCAAUCCAUGGUACACGUACAGGGCACAAUUUUUCAUGGCUCUGGUUGUUCACAAAGUGGAGUCACACCAUUCCUGUUUUCAUAUAUGUGCUUGGGGUAAUGAUGUCCCUCUUGUUCCACCCCCAUGUCCCCUCCUUCCCCUUCCUCCCCUUGACCCUAUCUAAAGUUCAUCCAUUCCUCUCAUGCUCACCACCUCCCACCCCUAUUAUGGAUCAGCAUCCUCAUAUCAGAGAAAACAUUCGGCAUUUGGUUUUUGGGUUGGCUAACUUCCCUUAGCAUAAUAUUUUCCAGCUCCAUCCAUUUAUCUGAAAAUGCCGUGAUUUUAAUCUCUUUUAUUGCUGAGUAAUAGUCCGUUGUGUAUAUAUGCCAAAGUUUCUUUAUCCAUUCAUCUACUAAAGGGCAUCUAAGUUGGUACCACAGUUUAGUUAUUGUGAAUUGAGCUGCUAUAAACAUUGAUGUGGCUGUGUCCCUACUGUAGUAUGCUGUUUUUAAGACCUUUGGGUAUAAACUGAGAAGUGGAUAGUUGGGUCAAAUGGUAGUUCCAUUCCAAGUUUUCCAAGGAAUCUCCAUACUGCUUUCCAUAUUGGUUGCACCGAUUUGCAGUCCCACCAACAAUGUAUGAAUGUGCCUUUCCCCCACAUCCUCACCACACUUAUUGUUGUUUGUAUUCUUGAUAGCUGCCAUUCUGACUGGAGUAAGAUGAAAUCUUAGAAUAGUUUUGAUUUGCAUUUCUCUAAUUACUAAAGAUGUUGAACAUUUUUUUUUUGUAUAUUUGUUGAUUGAUUGUAUAUCUUCUUCUGAGAAGUUCCUUGGCCCAUUUAUUGCCUGGGUUAUUUGUUCUUUUGGUGUUAAGAUUUUUGAGUUCUUUAUAUAUCCUAGAGAUUAGUGCUCUAUCUGAUCUGCAUGUGGUAAAGAUUUGCUCCCAAUCUGUAGGUUCUCUAUUCACCUCACUGAUUGUUUAUUUUGCUGAGAAGAAGCUGUUAGUUUGAAUUCAUCCCAAUUAUUGAUUCUUGGUUUUAUUUCUUGUGCUGUAGGAGUCUUAUUAAGGAAGUCACGGCCUAAUCCCACAUGAUGAAGAUUUGGGUUUCUAUUUUUUUCUUCUAUUAGGCACAGGAUCUCUGGUUUAAUUCCUUGGUCCUUGAUCCACUUUAAGUCGAGUUUUGUGCAUUGUGAGAGAUAGGGGUUUCAUUUCAUUUUGUUGCAUAUGGAGUUUCAGUUUUCCCAGCACCAUUUGUUGAAGAGGUCAUCUUUUCUCCAAUGUAUGUUUUUGGCACCUUUGUCUAAUAUGAGAUAACUGAAUUUAUGUGGGUUUGUCUCUGUGUCCUCUAUUCUGUACCAUUGAUCUACCAGUCUGUUUUGGUGCCAAUACCGUCCUGGUUUUAUUAUUAUUGCUCUGUAGUAUAGUUUAAGAUCUGAUAUAGUGAUGCCACCUGCUUCACUCUUCCUGCUAAGGAUUGCUUUAGCUAUUCUGGGUCUCUUAUUUUUCCAGAUGAAUUUCAUGAUUGCUUUUUCUAUUUCUAUGCAGAAUGUCAUUGGGAUUUUGAUUGGAAUUGUAUUAAAUCCGUAUAGUGCUUUUGGUAGUAUGGUCAUUAUGACAAUAUUAAUUCUGCCUAUCCAAGAACAAGGGAGAUCUUUUCAUCUUUUAAGGUCUUCUUUAAUUUCUUUCUUUAGUGAUCUGUAAUUUUCAUUGUAGAGAUCUUUCACCUCUUUUGUGAAGUUGAUUCCAAAGUAUUUUUUUUUUUGAGGCUAUUGUAAAUGGGGUAGUUUUCCUAGUUUCUCUUUCAGAAAAUUUGUCACUGAUAUAUAGAAAUGCCUUUGAUUAAUGGGUGUUGAUUUUAUAUCCUGCUACUUUGCUGAAUUCAUUAUUAGUUCUAGAAGUUUUUUGGUGGAAUUUUUUGGAUCUUCUAUGUAUAGAAUCUUAUUGUUGGCAAAUAGUGAUAAUUUGAGUUCUUCUUUUCCUAUCCUUAUCCCUUUUAUUUCUUUCAUCUAUCUAAUUGCUCUGGCCAGUGUUUCAAGAACUAUAUUAAAUGGAAGUGGUGAAAGAGGGCAUCUCUGUCUUGUUCCAGUUUUUAGAAGGAAUACCUUCAAUCUUUCUCCAUUUAGAAUGCUGUUGGCCUGGGGCUUAGUGUAGAUAGCCUUUAUGAUGUUGAGAUAUGUUCCUGUUAUCCCUAGUUUUUCUAGUGUAUUGAACAUGAAGGGGUGCUGUAUUUUGUCCAAUGCUUUUUCUGCAUCUAUUGAGAUGUUCAUAGGAUUCUUAUUUUUAAGUCUAUUGAUGUGAUGAAUUACAUUUAUUGAUUUCCAUAUGUUGAACCAACCUUGAUCCCUGGGAUGAACCCCAGUUGAUCAUGAUGUACUAUCAUUUUAAUAUGUUUUUACAUGCUGCUUGCCAGAAUUUAUUGAGAAUUUUGCAUCUACGUUCAUUAGAGAUAUUGGUCUAAAGUUUUAUUUCUUUGAUGUGUCUUUGUUUGGUUUUGGAAUCAGGGUGAAAUUGGCCUCAUAGAAUGAGUUUGGAAGUAUUCUCUCUUUUUCUAUGUCAUGAAAUAAUUUGAGGAGUAUUGGUAUUUGUUAUUCUUUAAAGGUCUUGUAGAACUCGGCGGUGUAUCCAUCUUUUCCUGGGAUUUUCUUGGUUGGUAGGCUUCUGAUGGUGUCUUCUAUUUUAUUGGUUGAAAUUGAUCUGUUUAACUUGUGUAUAUCAUUCUGAUUCAGUUCAGGCAAAUCAUAUGACUCUAGAAAUUUGUCAAUUCCUAUGAUAUUUUCUAUUUUAUUGUAGUACAAAUUUUCAAAAUAAUUCCUAAUUAUUUUAUAUUUCUGUAGUGUCUGUCAUGAUAUUUCCUUUUUCAUCACACAUGUUAGUAAUUUGAACUUUCUCUCCUUCUCUUUGUUAGCAUGGCUAAGGGUUUAUCAAUGUUAUUUAUUUUUUCAAGGAACCAACUUUUUGCUUUGUCAAUUUUUUCAAUUAUUUCUUUUGUUUCAAUUUCAUUGAUUUCAGCACUGAUCUUAAUUAUUCUACUGCUUUAGGUGUGGAUUUGUUCUUCUUUUUCUAGGGCUUUGGUCAUUUACUUAUUGACUUUUUCUUCUUUUAAGGAAGGAACUUCAUGCAAUGACCUUUCCUGUUAGUACUGCCUUCACAGUGUCCCAGAGAUUUUGAUAUGCUAUAUCACUGCUCUCAUUUACCUCUAAGAAUUUUUUAAUCUCCACCUUGAUAUCUUUUGCAAUCCAUUGUUCAUUCAAUGGCAUAUUAUUUAGUCUCUAGGAGUUGGAGUAGCUUCUACUUUUUAUUUUAUCAUUGAUUUCUAAUUUCAUUCCAUUGAGAUCUGAUAGAAGAAAGCGUAUUUAUUCAUUGAAGGAUGAAAUAUUCUCUAUCGGUUAAGUCUAAUUUAUUGGUUAUAUUAUUGAGUUCUAUAGAUUUCUUAGUUCAGUUUUUAUUUGUAAGUUCUAUCCAGUGGUGAAAGAAGUUUGUUAAAGUCACCCAGAAUUAUUGUGUAAUGGUCUAUUUGACUCUUGAACUUGAGAAGAGUUUGUUUGAUGAACAUGGCUGCUCCAUUGUUUGGGACAUAUAAUUGUUAUGUCCUGUUGGUGUAUGGUCCGUUGAGCAGUAUGUAGGGUCCUUCUUUAUCCCUUUUCAUUAACUUUGGCUUGAAGUCUACUUUAUUUAAUAUGAGGAUGGACACCCCUGCUUGCUUCCGCAGUCCAUGUGAGUGGUAUGUUUUUUCCCAACCUUUCACCUUGAGUCUAUGGGUGUCUUUUCCUAUGAGAUGAGUCUCUUGGAGGCAGCAUAUUGUUGGGUCUUUUUUUUAACCAAUCUGCUAGCCUAUGUCUUUUGAUUGGUGAGUUUAGACCACUAACAUUCAGGGUUAUUAUUGAGACAUGAUUUGUAUUCCAGCCGUUUUUGUUUAUUUUUGGUAUUUAACAUGACUUGGUUUCUCCUUUGAUUAGUAUUUCCUUUAGUGUACUAUAUCCCUUUGCUGAUUUUUAUUGUUGUUUUUUAUUUCCUCCUCGUGAAAUAUUUUGCCAAGGAUGUUCUGUAGUUCAGGCUUUAUUGCUGUAAAUUCUUUUUAGCUUUUGUUUGUAAUGGAAGGUCUUUAUUUCAUCAUCAAUUCUAAAGCUUAAUUUUACUGGAUAUAAUUUUCUCAGUUGGCAUUCAUUUUCUUUUAGAGCUUGGUAUAUGUUGUUCCAGGAUCUUCUAGCUUUCAAGGUCUGGGUUGAAAAAAUCUGAAGAUAUCCUAAUUGGUUUUCCCCUAUAUGUGGUCUGAUUCCUCUCCCUUGUGGCUUUUAAGGUUCUAUCCUUAUUCUGUAUGCUGGGCAUUUUCAUUAUCACGUGCCUUGGUGUAGAUCUGUUGUGAUUUUGUACAUUUGGUGGCCUGUAAGCCUCUUGUAUUUAUUUGAUUUUCCAAUUAAUUCUUCAUGUUUGGAAAUUUUUCUGAUAUUAUUUCAUUGAACAGAUUGUUCAUUCCUUUGGUUUGGACCUCUAUGCCUUCCUCUAGCCCAGUAAUUCUUAAAUUUGGUCUUUUUACAUUAUCUGAUGUUUCUUGAAUGUUCUGCUCAUGGUUUCUUACCAUCUUCACUGCAUGGUCAACAUUCUUUUCAAGAUUUUAUCUUUUGUCUUCAUUGUCUGAGGUCCUGUCUUCCAAGUGGUCUAAUCUGUUGGUGAGGCUUUGUAUUCAGCUUUUAAUUUGGUUUAUUGGUUUUUUUUUUUUUUCAUUUCAAAGAUUUCUGUUUGGUUUUUUCAGAACCUCUAUCUCCUAAUUGUAGUAUUUUGCUUCCUGUAUUUGCUCUCUAAUCUCACCCUUUAAUUCACAGAACAUUUUAAUCAUGUACAUCCUGAACUCCUCUGUCCUUUCUCCUCCUGUGCCGCCCAUGGAUUCUCAUCAUGUAGUAUCCUGGUUUGUUGGGCACUUCCUUCCCUUGUGGUUUCAUGUUGUUCAUGUCCCUUCCCUUCUAGCUCUGGGGAUCCGAGGUGUGACAGUUUUUACCCUAUAGGCUCAUGGUGUCCCUGCAGGUUUCCAGGACCUCUGUCUUAAGGGGGAGGACAAUGUGAACAGAUCCGAAUGCAAAGACAUACAGCCUUAAACCAAAUAGCUGCUAUUGAGACAUUCAUGGUUUUAUCACAGUAUCAGAAAUGUUGUUGAAAUGGAUGAAAACAGUGGACUUUUACUUCUAGAACUAAAUCCUCCUAACCCCUGGGAUUCAGAUCCCAGGCCCCCUGAAGAUUUGGCUUUUGGGGAAGUGCAGGUAACGUAUCUCACGCAUGCCUGCAUGGACCUCAAGUUGGGAGACAAGAGGAUGGUGUUUGACCCUUGGCUAAUGGGUCCUGCCUUUGCCCGAGGAUGGUGGCUGCUGCAUGAGCCUCCCUCAGACUGGCUGGAGAGGCUGUGCCGAGCAGACCUGAUUUACAUCAGCCACAUGCACUCAGACCACCUGAGUUACCCGACACUACAGAAGCUUUCCCAGAGACGACCGGAUGUUCCCAUUUAUGUUGGCGACACAGAAAGACCAGUGUUUUGGAAUCUGAAACACAGCGGUGUCCAGUUGACUAACAUCAACGUGGUGCCAUUUGGAGCAUGGCAGCAGGUAGACAAAAAUCUUCGAUUCAUGAUCUUGAUGGAUGGCGUUCAUCCUGAGAUGGACACUUGCAUUAUUGUGGAGUACAAAGGUCACAAGAUACUCAAUACCGUGGACUGCACCAGACCCAAUGGGGGAAGGCUGCCGGUGAAUGCUGCUCUGAUGAUGAAUGAUUUUGCUGGAGGAGCAUCAGGCUUUCCAAUGACCUUCAGCGGUGGAAAAUUCACUGAGGAGUGGAAAGCCCAGUUCAUUAAGACAGAGAGGAAGAAGCUGCUGAACUACAAGGCUCAGCUGGUGAAGGACCUGCAGCCCCGAAUCUAUUGUCCCUUCGCUGGGUAUUUUGUGGAGUCCCACCCAUCAGACAAAUACAUUAAGGAAACAAACAUCAAAAAUGACCCAACUCAACUCAACAACCUUAUCAAGAAAAACUCUGAUGUGCUCACGUGGACCCCACGGCCUGGAGCCACCCUUGACCUGGGCAGGAUGCUGAAGGACCCAACAGACAGCAAGGGCAUCGUGGAGCCUCCAGAAGGGACCAAGAUCUACAAGGAUUCCUGGGACUUCCAGCCAUACCUGGACACCCUGCAUGCCGCUGUAGGCGACGAGAUCUUUCUGCACCCAUCCUGGAUAAAGGAAUACUUCACCUGGGCUGGAUUUAAGAAUUAUAACCUGGUGGUCAGGAUGAUCGAGACGGAUGAGGACUUCAGCCCCUUUCCUGGAGGGUAUGACUACUUGGUGGACUUUCUGGAUUUAUCCUUUCCUGAAGAAAGACCAAGCCGGGAGCAUCCCUAUGAGGAGAUUCGCAGCCGGGUGGACGUCAUCAGACACGUGGUGAAGAACGGGCUCCUCUGGGAUGAUCUGUACAUAGGAUUCCAAACCCGGCUGCAGCGGGACCCCGACAUAUACCACCACCUGUUUUGGAAUCAUUUUCAAAUAAAACUGCCACUGACUCCACCCAACUGGAAGUCCUUCCUGAUGCACUGCGGUUAGAGGGACCUGGGACUUCUCAGACAGCGACUGAUCCCUUCACAUUUUCCAUCAAUAAGCUGGUGACGGUUCCUCCCCAUAGAUGAUGAGUCCCUUCAACUAGAGACUAUUGCUUGGCCAGCCCCGUGCUUAGCACGCACCCAGUGCGAUCAUGACUUCAAGCAAGAAAGGAGCACAUGCAUCUUUCUCUCCCACUGUCAGUGAGACUUGCCUCUUAGAUAGGCUCCCGUUGUCUUUACCGAUAAAGUUAAAGGUCAAGUCGGAGCUUCUUUUACAUCCUUCUCAGUUGCAAAGCCCUGAAUCCACACUGUAGUCUAGCACAGGCGCAGGGUUAGGUCUUCUGGGCAUGAUCCUAAGCUAGAGGGCAUGCUAAGGAGGCCCACUAGGCUGCACCACAGGUCACGCUUGUAAGCACUGGCUUGGGCUGAGUGGGCAGUGGGUGGUGGCCAUGUGGACCUUAUGAGCCACACAGGAGAGCCAUGCCACAUAUGGGCAGCCACCCAGCAAAGUGCAAAGGGUCCGAAGUCGCAUCCCAGUUCACAUCCUAGAUUCUCCCUCACCAUAAAGCAGCUCUAGAGCUCAAACUACGUGCAAGAACGAAGAUGUGUCCAAUGCAACAAGAAAAGGGCAGUAUGGAGAUAAGGUUCAGUGGUUGUUCAUUAGCAAUCUCUUUCACUCACAGGGAUGCCAGAGCACAUGAAGAAUUCAAGAAUUUACCUGCUCCACCUUGAUACAGGUUUAUCCCAGAGAAACUACGCUUUAUCACAUAAGCAUCGGAUGUCAUGCUGCCUUCAUGAGAUGUUUACAAAACUUGUGGAUCACUACGCGGAUACGCAAAUAUAUUUUUCUGGGGGUGUUGCUCAGUGCCAGAUUAUAUGCUUAGAUGCAUGAAGUACUGGGUUCCCAUAUAUAUAUAUAUAUAUAUAUAUAUAUAUAUAUAUAUAUAUAUAUAUAUAAAUUAUAUAUAAUUAAUAUAUAUGUUAAUCUCACCCAUAAUUCUCAAUAGAAGGAAACAAUGAAUCCAAUAGGAACAAGCCAUGUAUGCAAAACAAGGCAUAACAAAUUGAGAUAUGAAUCCAAGCAUAGAAGAAACAGGAAAAAUAAAGUUUUAAAAAAAUUUAAAUUUUCAAAAAAAAUUCAUUUUCCUGAAACAGUGAGUAACCCUCUUCUAAACUCUUAAAAACAUUGUUUCAAAUGGUGCAAAUGGGCAACUGAUUUGCCUGUUUUUGUUAAUGACUGUAGAUUUUUAUGAUAUUCAUAUAAUUAUUUGGGACAUAGAAAUUAAUUUCUAGAAAAAUAUGAUUGUUAAGUAGAUUUCUGUCUUACGUGUUGAUGUUUCCAAUGCACAUCACUGAUUUGAAAAAUCAAAACCUGUUUUUUGAUUAUAUAUUCUACCUCUUUAAUUCUUAAGAUUCCAGAAUGUGGUGGAAUUUGUCUCCUUAAAUCUUGGCAAUUGCAACACUGGACAUCUGCUUCCUAUUGACACCAAUAGAGCUUGAUUCUUCUGGUUGACCUCACAUAUUUUGCAGAGCAGAAAUGUUUGGAAUCCAGGAAAUAUUUUUUUGUGAUUUACACUAUAUAGUAAUAUAUUCACUUAUCACUAAAAAUAAAUGUAACAUUUGUCAAUAGAAUCUAUGUUAAAAUUCAUAUAAUGACUGAAUAAAAGAUUAUUUUAAAAUGCAA